AUGGACCCUGCUGGGGUAAACCCGGGGCCGGGCCCCGGCUUCGGGAUCCAUGCCGCUCCCGUUCAUGCUCACUCCCACGCUCAUGCUGCUCCGCCGCCGCCGCCGCCGCCUCAGCAUCCUCCUGCGGCGCCCAGCUCCGCCCCAGGCUCCGUCACCAGCGGCGGAGACCCGGGCACUGUCGGCAGCAGUGGCCCGGGCGACGCGGCUCCCAUUAAGCGCAGGGCUCCCAUUGCGUGUCGAAGAUGUCGGCGGAUGAGAAGCAAGUGCAUCCACGACAAGGCCCAGCCGCCGUGCAAGUCCUGCGCCGAGGCUGGCCUUGGCCCCGAAGCAUGCGAGUUUCCGGCCAGGGGACAAGCGGACAAUGACCGCGAGUACCGGCAUCCACGGACGAGGGCUGACCGGUCGACCAAGUCGGCCGCUGCCAAGAUCCGGCGGAGCAUCCUGGAAGGACCCGCCGGCCGGCAUCACGCAGCCGACAAUUGGGAGAACCUCCCUCCUCUGGAAGACCUGAUCGACGGUGUCAACCGCUUCACGAGGUACUACUUCCAGCUGGGCUUCGUCCCGAAGCAGCAAUUUCCCGAGCGUCUCCGCCGCGACCAUCGGUCCGUCAACCUGUUUCUCGUCAUGAGCAUCCUCAGCAUAUCCGCGAGACUGAGCCCUUCGCUCAAGGCCCGCUACGGCACGGGCGUCAAGGCUGCCGAGUUCUUCAUGGAGCGGGCAGCCAGCAUUGCCAUUGGUGAGGUGUAUCAGGAACCCACGUUGGAGAGGUGCCAGGCAUUCUACCUCCUUAGCAUUGCCCAGCAAGGCAGUGGACUGCGAAACAAGAGCUAUAUCAACAUGGGAAUUGCGAUGCGGAUGGCUGCAUUAAUGCAGCUGCACCGGGAGGAGACAUAUCAGGUGCAGAAUCCCACACCUGACCUGAUCAUCCGAGCGGAGUCUGCACGACGGACGCUGUGGAUGCUGCACAGCCAGGAUAGCCUCCACUCCGGACCCUUGUCGCCCGUGUCACUUGCCGCUGCCGACAUCACGGCGUUGCUCCCAUGCAACGAGGACGACUUUGCUCACGGCCGUGAGCCGAGAUCUCGGGCGGCACUGGAGGGCACCCCGCCUGCAGUGGAGAACCCAUCCCUCAUCCGAGACCCCAACCGUUCGCUGUUUGCGACACUGAUGCAGAUCCAUCACUUUUGGGGCAUCGUCGGCCGGAGGGCCAUGAGCUACAGCAAAAGCUCUCGGCCAUGGGAACCCACGAGCGAGUUCUCGAUGAUGGUCAGAAGGUUGAAAGACUGGGAGCAGAGCCUUCCACACGAGCACAUGUGGAGCAACUUUUUGCUCAAGGGGUACAAGGCGGAGGGUCAAGAUUUGGCCUACCUCUGUGUCACCAUGAUGACGAGGCUCUGCAACAUCGUGCUGCGGCGGCCGUAUCUGAUAGACGCCAUCAAACCCGACCCCAAAGACUCACAGAGGCAAGCGUUCUUUGCGGACCUUUCUCAAGACCUCUUUCGCAAUGUCCGUCAGCUAUACGAACAAGUUGAUGCCCAGUUCACCGACCGUACACCUGACGAAAGUGUCGGCGCUCAAAUAGCCGCCUUCUGCGUCUAUAGCUGCGGCCUCUUUUCGACGUACAUCUGCAAAUAUCCGAAACGCAAGUUGACUCUCCCCAUCAUGACCUGUCUAUGCCGAGAUGACAUCCUGGCACGAGACGGUCCAGCGAUGCUGCAACGCACCAUCACCAUCCUCAGGGAAUGCAAGGAAGUCUGGCCGCUGGCAGCACGCUGGGUCGAGGCGCUGGAAAAGUUCACGCUCGACCCUCAGUCCGAUGCGCUCAAGGAAGAAGGCAGUAUGGACGACGGCAAGGAUCCGGUUCCUCGCGCGAUACGGCAAAUGCCUCCGCUCCCAACAGCACCGACGCCACCACACCUCGGGCAUGCGCCGCCUUUGCCCGACAACGCUGUGCUUCCCAAGCCAGGGACGCAGCCCGAGAUGCUCACGCCGACGACAAUGCAGUCGCCACACAGCGCCGUGGUAUCUGCUUUGCCGUCCUCGACGAAUGGGCAGAUCCUGACGCCGCCAAAUCACCAGCAGUAUCACACCCCGAUACAGUCACUUCACCACGGCCUGUCCCAUCCCGCCGGAUUCCACCAACGGCAAGCAAUGCAUCAACAAGAACCUCUUCAAAAUAAUCCACAACAGAUGUACAUGUCGCCACAACAGAACGCUCCGCAGCUCGGUCGUCAGCCCGUCGACGGGUUGGGAAUGCUCAUCGAGGCAUUUGAUUCACAUCAGCCAGGUGCUGCGCCGUAUGGCAUGGGAGCACCACCCGGAGCGGCGCCUUACUACCCGCAACUGGGACCGGGUAAUGACGGAUUCGAGGGCGAACUUCAGUUUUACAUUGACGGUGCGCCGUCGAGCUGGAUGAAUACUGGAGCAUGGCUCGACAGCAUGUGA